AUGUCGUACUUUCUUCCUUCUUACUUUCAGAAGCGACUGCUUCGAUACGCCCUUCUCCGUCUUGACUUCAUCGACUCGGACGAAUUCGACCUCGACAAUUUGGGGCUGAAAUGGGGCCAGCGGACCGUCGUCGAAUUGAAGAAUGUCGGAAUCAAAGUCAAGAGAAUCAUCGACAUCCUCCAACUGCCUACAUCGUUCACCCUGACCCAUGCCUCCGCCAAGCUAUUGCGUCUCACCCUCCCAGCGGACCUUCAUAUCAGUGGUAUCGAAAUUGAAGUGGAAGGGGUGGAGAUAAUCGUGGCGGUUCGACCAGACAAUACCACAGCUGUCACAGCGGCAGGGAAAUCUCGUUCAAAAGCCGGAUUUGCUCCCAGCAGGACAGACCGUACAAACCUACCUAGGUCAAAUUCGCCACCCGUCCAUGACCCUGGUGGCAGAUAUGGAGAAGCAGGAGGGCCACUGGAGUUGUCCCAAGUGCUGCCCACGUCAGAGGAUCUAGCGGCGUCAUUCCUCGAGGCCGAAUCGCCCGGAGAAAGAGAUGAACUACAAGCUGCACUCGAGUCACAGUCUCAGAUGCACAUGCAAGAGUCGGUGAUAUCUUCGGCUUCCAGCGAAGAUGUUGGGCUCGGCAUGCCUGGAGGGCUUUCGUUACCUACCUUUGUCGCCAAUUUUCUCAAAGGUGUGGCAGACCGGUUGUCCGUCAACAUCAAGGACGUUAAUGUCGUCUUGGAAACGGACCUCUCGACUGGGAGUACUGGCCCGGCAGAGAAUACCAAGUUCAUGCUCUCGGUUGGACACAUUGCCGUUGACGCCAUCGACAAGCCAGAAAACCUAGAGCCUCAGCCAGAUACGAGACGAUCAAUAUCCAUCGACGAAGUCCAGCUGUUUGUUUUGUCCGAGUCCGAGACAUUCUCAGAGUUCUCUGGCCUCAGUUCGCCGAAGCUAGCCAAAUUACACCCUCCACUGUCACACCAUGCUAGUGCACGCAGUGACAACAGUGAUUUCGCUCGAUCAAGCACCACUAGCCUCAGUCAGCACUCCGAUCUGCCAAAGUUCUCUCCUGCGUCAUUGAGUAAUUCUGGACUUGGUUUUGGACUCGAAGAUGCAGCGCUGUCAGACUCCACCAUCUUCGGAAGGCGAUCCAGAACGAUCCCAGUUCAACCCACUUCAACGGCCGAGACCGAGUCAAUCGAUAAUAGAGCUCAUGCCGAAGAAGUCCAACAGUCCGUGGGCCGAGACAGCGACGAACAGUUUGGAAUCUCGGACGCCCAGUCAGAAGACCUGGCAGAAUCUAGGACAUUCACACAUGACGAGGCUGAGAGUAUGUAUAUGAGCGCGAUGAGUGGACCACUCAAUAUGCCGGGUGGGCUUGAUUGGUCACGGCCUAUGCCAGAGCCUCAACCAGACCAGGACAACGACACUGGAGACGUUGAAGACAAUGACCAAGAGGAGCCACUUAGUGAUAUAUCCAGGACAACGACUCGUGGACCAUCACGUUCUGUCAACGAAACCGAGGCAUCGAGUGGGGAAAGCGUCCUGGAUAACAGCCUGGCAUCAUGCUUUCGCACUCGAAUUCUACACGUGAACGCUGUAAACCUCAAAAUCCCCCAGCCACAUCAUGAUGAACCCCUGUCAGAAGCUGAUCGGUCCACCUCUCCACGGCGUGCAAGUCAUGCUUCCCAGAUACGCCAGAUGCAGAUGGGUGGCAGAAGUUCCCCAAGCACGUUCCUCAACGAAUCCCGACUUCAAUCUCUGCGGAGCACGGAUCAAAGCCGAACCGCGAAACUCCCAACAGACAAACUGAGCAUCGAAAUCGGGGAGGUUUCAGUAGACCUUGAUAUUGUGCUGUGUCGAGUGCUCGUAAGAGCCUCGCAAACCAUCAACGAUGCAAUCCCGACGAUGAUCCCACAGAAAUCGAAAGCAUCCACGCCAUCCCCUGGAAUGGCUAUCGUCCCCGACGUCAGUUUGAAGACUAUAAACCUCAAUUUCUGUGAAUCGGUCCCGAGAAUGCCACCCAGUAAAGUUGGGGUUCAGGCAAUUGAAUCAAUUCUCUCUAGCCAGGAAGCUCUGCUGAAGGUGUCAAUUACUUCCAUAAGCUACACGGAAGACUCGUCAACAGAGCGUAAUCAGCGACUGUCGAUAUCUAAAAUUGCCAUGCACCAUGGCGCCAGGGAGGUUUUGACGUUUGUUGACUCUAUCAAUAUUCGCGACUCGAUAGCCACCAGCUCGAUGCUGAGACCUCACGAUGUCGUGGUUAACGUGUCGGGAAACCGAUACGAGGUCCAAAUUAAACCCGUCUACAUUGUCCUCGACUUGUUGGUCAUUGACGAUGUGCUCAGCAGAAGCGGUGGCUUGAGCUCCUUGUUGGACUUGGGAAACUCAUUCAUAUCAACACACACCGUGAAGGGGGCAACUCCUGCGCCGGCUCCAGAACCUUCGAAACUACGGACUGUUAGGUUCAAUGACCCUCAAAGACGACCUAGGGCAGACAGUGAUUCCUCUUCGACUUUGCCAAAGGUCGAUGUUCGAGUCUCAGGUGCUGUUCUAGACUUGAUCGGGUCCGAAUCGUCAAUGCAGAUCAAGUCUUCAGCUAUCAAAACAGUUUAUCGAGACAACAACGUAAAGGUGGUGAUAGAUGGCGCCGCGGUCGAAGGCCCACUGCUCGCUGGUUCUCGGGCUCGUGGAGACAUCUACGCCAAAAUCCGCAAUAUCGAAGUACAUUAUUCGAAUUCCCCAGACGAUGAUGACCUUGACCGACUUCUCUCUCUUAUCACCCCUUCCAGCGAUAGGUACGAGGAAGAUGAUGAUAUAAUGGUUGAUACCUUGUUGAGGCAGCGUCGGAAAGGCGGCGUUCUACGUCUGACCGUCGGAGAUCUUCAAGCUGGUGCCACCGGGUUGCGGUGGGUGCCUCUUCUCACAAAGCUCACCGAUGAGAUAUCGAAACUUUCCUCAGUCACCAAGUACCUGCCUGAAGAUGAUCGACCAGGAAUCCUCACCUUCGCACUGUUGAAAAAGCUUGAUUUCCGCUUCGAUGUUGAUGAGAAGUUUGGGGUCGUCCGAUUACAGGCCGAGCUUAUGGAGGGAGCUCACAUCAAUGUGCCCUCACUUGCUGCCGCUCAGAUUGCAGCCUGGUCAGUGUCGAGAAGUGACGAAGAUGUGCUGAUUGGCGAUGUAUUGUCUCAGAGCAAAACUGUCAUGGGCCCUCCUAUGUUUAUGUGUCGAUUCAUCGCAGACGAGAUGGAACCGACUGUUCGAAUGAAGCUCUCAAAUACUUGUAUCGAGUACAAGGUCCCAACACUUCUUGCGCUCACCUCGCUUUUCGAACGCCUCAAGGUCGACUAUACACACACCGACAAGCAGAGUUCAUCUUCACAACCCUCGAGCCCGUCCCUGUCGAAUGCAGGAGAUACGGGCAGCCUAGCACGGAAAGUCAGACUGUCCAUAGCCUUCCGAGAUUCGGCGAUCGCACUUAAUCCUGACAAGGGCUUAGCCAAAGGUCUUUUCGUGUUGACAGAUGCUGUAAUACGCCAUGAGAAUCAGAAGAGGGGCUCGACAGACAAUUUGGACAUCAAGAAAGCCUCUCUCCUCAUCAUUAAUGAUGCCUCGACCGUUGGGCUGGAAUCGGGAAAUGUCGACCACAAGCUGUAUUUCGAAGAAAACGACCAGGUCCAACAACUUACGAAGGCAGGAUUCGUUCCUGUAGGGUCGAUAUCCGCUGCAUCUGCCAACAUCAAAGUGGUUGAAGACAAACUAACUUCAGAGACGCGGUUGGAUGUAGAGUUCCGGAACAAUCUCCUGUUCAUCGAGACUUGCGCAGACUCCACCCAGACUAUGAUACAGAUUCUGAGCGGCCUUGCGCCACCGUCACCACCUUCGAAGGUUGCUCAAUAUCGGACUGAGGUUGUCCCAAUACAGGAUAUGUUGGCGUCAUUUACUGGUAAUGCUUUUGUCUCAGAGCCUGGACCGCUGCUCGGCCUCCAAGCUUCGAGCAGUGUAUCCGCUAUAGGCACCUCUUCGAAGCCCGAGGUUGGAUACGACGAGGACGAAGACGAAAACGAGUUCAUGACUGGCAUGUAUGGGGACGGCGAUGAUGCUGACGACGAGCUGACCGCGAGCCAUGUGGAGUCAGAUCUGGGUCGCUCUGUCAUGUCCGAAAGUGUGCACAUCGCCCCAGUUGAUGCUACCGGUUCUGACAUCGGCGAUGCGGGCGAGAGCGUGAUGAUGCACAGUCUCCUGGAUUUUAGAGCAGAUCAUUUUAUUCCGAAGUCUUCAGUUGGCGGCACGGCUCAUCGCUGGAAUUCGGUCCACAACACCUAUGGUCUAGCAAGCGACGCGAUAAUCGAGCGGUCACCAUUGAAGCUUCGCGUCAGGGAUGUCCACGUCAUUUGGAACCUGUUUGAUGGAUACGACUGGCAAGCCACGAGGGAUACCAUAUCGCAUGCGGUAAAGGAGAUUGAGAACAAAGCUAUGGCGAGACGCCCGCGCAGCAGCAGCCGAACACCUGGUGUGGAAGACGAUGACGAGUCUGUGAUCGGGGACUUCUUGUUCAAUUCGAUCUACAUUGGCAUCCCGGCGAACAAAGAUCCCCGAGAUUUGGCGAACGCCAUCAACCACGACAUCGACGACUUGGUCAGCGAGACAGGGAGCUACGCCACCGGAACAACGGUCACAGCAACUACAUCUCGACGCACGUCAGGCACGGUCCCUAGGCAAAAGAAGCUCCGACUCAACCGCAGCAAGCAUCACAAGAUGACCUUUGAACUGGAAGGUGUCUCGGCCGAUUUCCUUGCAUUUCCUCCAGGAAGCGGCGAGGUUCAAAGUUCGAUCGACGUCCGCAUCAGAAAGAUCGAGGUGUUUGACCAUGUGCCUACGUCGACUUGGAAGAAGUUCGCAACCUACAUGCAAGAUGCUGGUGAGCGUGAGCACGGUGCCAGCAUGGUUCACAUCGAAGUUCUCAACGUGAAACCGGUAGCAGAACUAUCGGCCUCGGAAAUAGUGCUCAAAGUCAGCGUUCUUCCACUGAGAUUGCAUGUCGAUCAGGAUGCGUUGGAUUUCUUGACCCGAUUCUUCGAGUUCCGGGAUGACAGUGCACCGGCGUCGAGUGGUUCCUCCAGCCCACCGUUCUUGCAGCGUGUGGAAGUGAACGCCGUGCAGCUCAAACUUGACUACAAGCCGAAGAAGGUAGAUUAUGCAGGGCUUCGAUCAGGACGGACCACCGAGUUCAUGAAUUUCUUCGUCCUCGACCGUGCAGACAUGGUCCUGCGGAGGGUUAUCCUGUACGGGGUGUCCGGAUUCGAUCGACUAGGUAUCAUGUUGAACAACAUCUGGACCCCAGACGUCAGACGAAACCAACUGCCUGGAGUUCUGGCCGGUCUGGCGCCCGUCCGACCUCUCGUGGACGUUACCAGUGGGGUGAGAGACCUCAUCGCAGUCCCCAUUCGUGAGUAUCGGAAGGACGGAAGACUUGUUCGAAGCAUCCAGAAAGGAGCAUUGGCGUUUGCAAAGACGACAGCGACAGAGUUGGUCAAUCUCGGAGCGAAGAUGGCGAUUGGCACACAGCAGAUUCUUCAGAAUACAGAAGAUCUGCUUGUGACUCGCGAACUACAGGGAGAAACGGACGAGGACGAUGAGAUGCGAAAGCAAAUCUCUCUGUAUGCCGACCAGCCGAUCGGCAUCAAGCAGGGAUUGCGGACGGCAUAUGCCAGCCUGGAACGGGAUCUAUUGAUCGCGCGAGACGCUAUCGUGGCAGUUCCUGGAGAGGUUAUGGCCAGUUCCUCAGCCAAAGGCGCGGCAAGGGCGAUACUCAAACAGAGCCCGACCAUCAUCCUGCGGCCGGCGAUUGGAGCCACGAAAGCCGUUGGGCAGACAUUGAUGGGCGCAGGCAAUAUGCUAGACAAGCAGAAUUUGAGGAGGAUCGAUGAGAAAUACAAGCGGCAUUGA